GAUGCGGUAUCACUUCAGGCCAGCUAAUGCGGUAUUAUCUCACACACAUGCGCAGAUUCAGUCGGCCAGUAGGCGAACAAUGAAAUUGAAUAUCAUCUUCGGUAGCGUGCGGUGUAAAUCGCGGGAAGAGUUUUUGGUUCGCAAGCCCGUUUACUUCGUGCGUAAUCUAGUGCUACUAAGUCCCAUAUCAGUGUGAGUUCAAGUGUUAGUGCCCAUAUCAUAUCUUUUAUCAGUUCGUGACCGCUUCCUGGUCAGUACUGUUUGUCUAGAGUUGCUGUCGAUCAACCGUUUGUUUCUCGUCGUGGUGAUUUUGUGUCCAAUUUGUGAAUUUAGUGCCGUCAAACUAUCUCAAUAUGCUACGGAAUCUAGCGAAGGUUUACGGUGGAUAUCGACCUUCAGCGCCAUUGCGUGCCCUGAGUACUCAGCCAGCUGUCGACAGUGGUUUCGUCGAUACGGAAUGGGAAAAUGCGUUGCCAUAUGAUAAAAUACCGGGACCGGGAGUGAUGAAGAUGCUGAUGAUGUUUGCCCCCGGAGGACGCUACUACAACGCAACACUGCCAGAGUUGCAGCGACGUCUGCGGCAGGACUAUGGCGAUCUGGUCCGACUGCCGGGUGUUUUUGGCCGAGCGGACAACAUCAUGAGUUUCAGUCCGGACGAUUUCGAGAAGGUGUUUCGAACCGAGGGUACGUGGCCGGUGCGACGGGCAAUAGAUACCUUCGUGUACUACCGGAGGAACGUCCGACAGGACGUGUUCAAGGGAUUGGGCGGAUUGGUGACGGAACAAGGUGAGAAUUGGCAGUUCUUCCGAAGUAUUGUCAACCCGGUAAUGCUGCAACCCAAGACGGUCAAGAUGUAUGUCGAUAAGUUGGAUGAGGUUUCGCGGGACUUCACGAAGAUAAUGAAAAACCUUCGUGAUGAGAAAAAUGAGAUGCCGGCUGAUUUCAAUCAAUGGUUGAACCGCUGGGCGUUGGAAACGAUGGGUGUUAUGGCUUUGGAUACCAGACUGGGGAUUCUGGAGAAGAACAAAUCCGAUGAAGCAGAGCACAUUGUCAAGUGCAUCCGUGAAUUUUUCCAACUAACCUAUGAGCUUGAUGUUCUGCCGUCUGUGUGGAUGUAUUACAAGACACCAAAAUUUGUUCGGUUGAUGCGAACACUGGAUGAGUUAACCGCUAUGAUAAUGGCCAAAGUGGACGAGGCGUUGGUCAGACUUGAGUCAAGUCCAAAUGCUGAAUCGACUGGACAGAGUGUGCUCGAGAAGCUGUUGAAGGUGAAUCGAGACGUUGCCAUCAUAAUGGCUUUCGACAUGCUUUUAGCUGGAAUUGAUACGACAGCGUCUGGGACAAUUGGAGUUCUACAUAGUUUGGCAAUGAAUCCUGACAAACAAACAAAACUCCGGGAGGAACUUCGAACUAUUCUGCCAACCAAGGACACGCCGCUUACUCCGGAUAAAAUGCACCAUUUACCAUACCUUCGCGCGUGCAUCAAGGAGGGUCUGCGUCUGGCACCUCCGACCGCUGGAAACGCCCGUGCCGCAGGAAAGAAUCUAGUCCUGCAGGGGUAUCGCGUACCCAAGGGUACCGACAUUGCGAUAGCUUCGAUGAUUCUGCAGCAGGACGACCGUUUUUUCCAACGAGCUAAGGAAUUCGUCCCGGAACGCUGGCUGAAGGGUGAAAAAUGUCCCAGCGGGGAUGAGGCUCACCCAUUUGUGUUUCUUCCGUUCGGUUUCGGUCCUAGGACUUGUAUCGGAAGACGCUUGGCCAUGCUGGAGAUGGAAGUGAUUAUCGCCCGAAUUACGCGGGAGUUCGAGUAUCGCUGGAAUUACGAUGAGUUGCGAAUUCGUGGUUCGCUGAUUAACAUUCCCGAGAAUGAGCUAAAGUUCGAGAUGAACGAAGUACAAAAUUGAUCGGUUUUAUUGUUCGUUUUAUUUGAUUUUUUUUAUUUCACGAUAGGAAGAUAUCGAAAGUUGCACGCACGGUUGUAUUAUCUUAUCUGUAAACAAAGAAAAAAAAUAUGCAUGACAUUUGUUUUGUUCCUAUUAAA